AUGGGUCUUCGUCUCAGUCCCCGUCUCUGUCGCAGCCUCGGGCUCUGCCUUUUAUUCGCCGCUGUCCACGCUACCAUCACCGUCGAGCCCUCCAACAACACCCAGGAUCUGGCCUGGUCAUCCUCCGCGACCUUCCGCUUCCACGGUGCCAGCCCACUGUCCGGCCAGACUCUCGCUCCGUUGACGCAGUACCUCGUCAAUUUAUCCACCAGCCAAGUCCAGGGCUUCGACGUUGCGGGUACGAUUCUUGAGGUCACUGCCACGAACUCCCAGGAUCUCUCGAGUUCGCAGAUUGCCUGCAUCCCCUGUGAUUCAUCAGACUACCCCGGGGAAUUGGAUGCUAGCCAAACCGUCCAAAGCGUCAUCUCCGCGGAGUCCCCCCCGGCGGCCAUUGUCCUCUUCAGUGCUUCCGAGAAUCACUGCAACUUGACGAGGGAUGCUUCCGCGGAGAAUUUCCGCUACAUCUUCACUCUCAAGCAAGCACAUGCGGCCGCGGUCCUAAACCAGACCCUCUCGACCACCUCAAACAAGACGUACAGCAUUGUCCCAAUGUCGUACCCAGUAACAACCACCACGGCGGACACCAGUAGUGAUACUGGGGGCUCGGGUGAUAGCCCAAACACCGCCAUGAUUAUCUUGUAUAGUAUUACGGGUAUCAUCACCGCCCUGUUCCUGGGCAUCAUCAUCACCGGUGCCGUCCGGGCCCACCGCCACCCCGAGCGGUAUGGACCACGUCGGGUCGCCGGUCGUCCACGGCAAAGUCGAGCGCGAGGGAUAGCCCAAGCUAUGCUCGACACCAUCCCCGUCGUCAAAUUCGGCGACAAUGCCGAUGGAGUCGAUGCCGCCAAGCGAGAUGUCGAGAUGGCGGGAGCCGAGGAUCCCGCUCGGGAACACUCGCCUUCCCGCUCGGACACCAUCGCCGACGUUGAGCAGACCACGCCGCAUGAAUCUGAAAUGCCCACUUCCGAACAGCCGGCAGAACAAUCCACAGACGCCGCGCACACGCACGACCCGAAGCCUGAGGCGGCCCCAGACGGGGGUAACUUUUCCUGUCCCAUCUGCACGGAUGACUUCAUUAAGGGCCAAGAUCUCCGUGUCCUGCCUUGCAGUCAUCAGUUCCAUCCGGAAUGCAUUGACCCUUGGCUUGUAAAUGUGUCUGGCACAUGUCCUCUUUGCCGCAUUGACCUCAACCCCCCCAAGGCUGAGGAGAAUGCCGAACAAGAAGGAGAACACCCAGAGUCCCAUGCUGAGGACACAUCCGCCGCCGCUGCCGACGCACCUCAGCACCGACACUCUCACCGAUUAACCAACUACCUGCACGGCCCGCUGAACGCCCGGCGCAUGCGCAAUGCCACCGUAGAAGAGCGCCUCGACGCCCUACGUCGUGUGCGAGAAGCCAACAACGGUGAAGCCGACGACGCCGAUCCCGCCCGCUCCGGUCGUAGCCGGCUUUCCAGGCGGCUCCGCGAACGCUUUCGCAUCCGCACCCGUGCCCACGGCAUCGACUCGCCCAGCCCCGUCGAGAGCGGGUCGACUACCCCGGCCGUGACUACACCCGCCGUACCUGCUCCGGCACACACCACCGGCCCAUCAGCCUCUGAAUCCAACCCAUGA